AUGUUAAUGUUUAACAGUCCAUCAAUAAAUCGAAUAUCAGCAGUUCGUUUACGCUCAUCCAAAAUGGAGAGACCCAACUCAUUAGCAACUGGUGAAUAAUCAUGAGGUUAACAGAAACAUUUUAAGACAUUACUUGCAAAAGCAAGAAAUUAUUCUAAACUCUCUGAACUCUCUCUUACAAAAAAUGUUCGAUGAAUAUUGAUAAUUAUUCCUAAUCGGAAAGUAAAUCUAGGGGUAAAUAUUUGAUUCGGGGGAACAUAAAUUUAUUUUUAUCUUGACGAAGUUUAAAAAUAAUAAUAUAUUAUCAUCAAAUGACAAGUUUAUAUUAUUUGUUUACUAUAUAAUAACAUAUCCUGACGGAUAUUGUCUAUACAUAUAUUUUGUUUACAUAUGAAGUGUAAAAUCAUGUCGAUUAAGUAACAUAAAAAUCUAAGUCCAAAACGUAUAAUCUAAUAAUUUAUUAUUAGGUAUCAAAAAGGAGUAACACUUCUUCUAACUACUUCUCGAAUGUAACUCGAGAAAAAAUACUUUUUAGGUAUAUUAUAUUUCGACUACAGUUGUAAAUUUUCCUUAAACGGCUUAGCACCAGACAUUUUUGACCGCGAUGAUAUUUUCUCGUUAUCAUUCCACCGAACCCAUUUUUUUCCGAGGCUAUUAUUACAAUAAACAGCUUUAGUAAGCGGGUGGUAGCGAUCUAUAAAUGUGAUUUUUAUCCCGUUGUAUUUAUUUCCACUGCCGUAUUUAUUUUCAUUUCUACUAACACUUAUAACGCUUCCAUUUUCGAUUAUAAUGUUGUUUUAAUAUUGUAAUACGUAUAUUAAAAUUAUGUUAUACAAUUUAUAUUUUGCUUUAGAUUCUGAAAGUAUCGAAGAAUUUAUUUGUAUUACUAUGAUAUGUACUUCUUUUCGUUUUUAACAAUUUUUCUACCAGUAAUCUUCCUCCGAUCAUAACAUAAUGGCGAUUUCGGUCUGUUUGGUGCAUCAGAAAGAUCAUUUUAUUCUCCGAUAAAUUUUAUAAAUGAUCGAGAAAAAUUUCGGGAAAACCAGGAAUAUUUAAGCAAUAACGAUUUUUGUUUUGAAUGAUAUUUUGUGAUUCGGUUAAAAAUAACCAUAAGGAAUUUUCACACAUACCUACCUAUAUUGACAUUUUAUAGGCGUUGUUUAAUAUUUUUUAUUUGAGUUAGAUAUUUAUGAUUUUUUAAAAUAUUGGUACUAUGAUACUUUUUAUUUGGUCUUAUAACGAUCAAAUUUAUUAGGGUUCUUAAAAAUUCUCAAACAUUUUUUACAAGGUUCAUUAUAAGUACAGAUUUUUUUACGGCACUGCAUAAUAUUGAAAUAUCACAAAUUUGUACUCGAGAUUUUUCCCAUGUAUGAAUUUUCCCAGUAAAUUAGAAAAAUCAGUGGCUGCACAUGUCUACAUUAUCCUAGGACAGCUUUUUUUAUUUAUAAAAUAAAUUGUAAAGUUUAAAUUUUGAUGAAAAUCGUAAAACCACAGUAUUUCGUGUACUAUUUUCCGAUUUAUGUCAUUAAAAGUAAACUUUUUUGACUCUAAAAUAGUCCACUGGUAACUUAUGUAUAAUUCUGUCAAUCCUACUAUGUUUUAUUUUAUUAUAAAGAGUUAUUUUUCGACAGAAACAUUGACACCCCCUUUCAACCCCUACGGGAUUUAAUAUUCGACAUCGGCCAAAACCGUUUUGAACGAACUAGUUUUAUAAAAUUCGCACAGAAAUUUAUAAGUUUUUAAACCCAUUUUUAAUUUGUCUCUAUAAAAUACUUUAAAACUCACUUUAAACAAAAUAAUUUUGAAAACAAAUUUUGAAUAAUCUUUUCUUAGUGCUUCUGUGCAAAAUUGCAUGUUUCUAGAGCUAGCGGUUUAUGAUGCACGUUUAUAUGUCGGUCAAGCAAUCAGUCAGUGAGUCAGUUUUUUAUAUUGUAUUAUAAAGAUAAAAAAAAAAAAAAAAAAACGGUUUAAACGUUUAAUAUUUCAUAACGCCCUAAGUUUUAUUUUGUUUUAAUUCUGCAUAAGGGAAAAUGUAGUUUUUCUUUUCAUUUUGUUUCGUUCCGUUUACGUACGCAUUAUAUUCGAAAAAAAAGUUUAAAAAAAAAAAAUAAAACUGUAACGAUAAAAAAAAAAAAUACGCAAUCUAAUAAAAGUUUAAUUGCAAUACGCGUUUUUGACACGCGAUGGAACCCAAAUCGUGUUAUAAUAAAACACGAUACCCAAGUAGCUAAAAUGUAUACAAUUCUGUUUUUAGACACUCUUCGUAGGUCGUCGUUGAAAAACGAUUAAAUCCGGAGGUUAUUUUUAAGGUAUUCGUGCGAAUCGUCCGAUGGACGGGAAUCAGAAAGCCAAACGAUCGGAAAAAAAUAAUUUUAAAACAAAAGUAUUUGAAUUGAAUAAUCGUAAUAUUAUAAUACACGAGAAAAAUAAAUCGCCAAUCUGCACAGUGAACUAAUUUAAUCAAUUCCAAAUUGCCUAAAACGAAAAAAAACGGACAUUCGUUAAAAUGUUCUCAAAAAUUAUGUAAAUGAAAUUGUUUUUAUUUCUCAAAUUUAGGGCUGGGUAUAAUUGGGUAAUGGUCAUAUUGUAUUACUUUUGCCCUAUAUUUUUAUGCAAAUAUAUUUAAAAAAGAGACUAUAUACUGCUGACAAACGUGUAUUUGUUAAUAUUUUAAUUUAAAUUAAUUUAUCUAUACACAACGAUUAUGCCUCUGAGCGAAGUAAAGUUGAACAUAAAUUUCGUAGUUUUUAAAAUUUUUGUCAAAGUUUGAACCUAAAAUAAUUUUAAAAAAAACCUACUUCAUCUCACUUUCUUUUUUGUUUUCCAACUAAAUAAAACGUAUAAUGAAACUCGUAUUAAAUUUGCAAGCAUUUUUAUGCUUGACAAAAAAAUUAUAUUUACAUAAAACCAAAUAAAAAUGUAUGCAAGUCAAAUAUUUCAUUUCCUUAAAACUCUAAUAGCUUAAAAACUAUUUUUAGCUUACAAUUAGUUUUAACCAUAUUAUAAAAAAACAAAAUGUAAAAUNACAAAACGUUUAAUGCUGUAGACAUUUUUUUUUUCCAUAUCUUGAACUUUGUACUGUUUUUAUUUUAGAUUUUAUUUAGAAAUGUUUUUUCCAUGGUUUUAUAUGGUUUUAGUGUGAAUUGAAGCAUGCAUUAAUGUUUGCAUUACUUGAAUACUUAAUACAAUUUACUUUAAACUUUAUUUCUAAUAUAUUAAAUUUGUUUAUUUGGUUUUCUAUUUUUUUUAAGAUCAAAAAUAUAAAGUACCUAACGCAUAGAUGAAUUGCCAAGUAAUACAUCUGAUAUUAAUACCUAGUUAAAUAAAUAAAAACUAAAGAAAAUCAAGUAAUUUAAGGAUUUGCUAAGCAAAACAAUAUUGUUUUAAAUAGGUUUAUAAGUUAAGUACCUAUUAGGUUAUUUAUAUAAGUCUUGCAUAAAAUAACAUUUUAUUUAUUUUAAUAUUAUAUUAUAUAUAAUAAUAUGUUUAUCUUUCUAAACAUGGUUUAAACAACAUGUAAGAGGACACUACACAUUAAUUUGUUGUUUACAUCAUGCAAAACCAGGGUAUAGUAAAAACAUACUUAUACGUGAACUAGCAUUUACCAAUACUUCCAUAUUUUCCAAAAAAAAAAAGGGAGAAAAGAGCGUUUAAUCUGCAUAAUUACUUAUACAAAGUAAAAGACAUGGUUACCAUGUUUGUUUUAUUUAAGUUACUUUUAUUUACUAUUUAAUAAUAGUAUUAAAUUGUAUUUAAUUUACAUUUUUUUAAUUUCAUUUGUUGUUUUAAAAGACUUUUAAAUUAAAAAAAAAUCUAAAAUAUCUAUGCAAAUUGUGAUAGAAAUAAGUAAUGACCUAAUUAUAAAAAUUUAGAAUUUUUUAGGAUUUUCUAAAUUUUAUAAAAAAAAAGUGAUAUAAACUAUUUAUGUUCAUUUAAUUAAUCUUAAAUACAUAAAUACAAAAGACUACUAAUUUUUAAUUUUUUUUUUUUUUUAUAAAUAUUACAUUUAUGUUGAUUAAAAAAAAAUUGUUAUGAAAAUAUGAAAUGUAUGUUAUUUUAGAUUCUGAGUAUGGCGAAGAAUGUGUUGGUAUUACUAAGAUGUUUAUUUUAUUUAUUUUUUAUUUUUUUAUAUUUUGUACAAAAAUUCUACUAGGCAUCCAGGCUGUUUUGUCACUGCGACUCCAACGAUUAGCUCACACUGUAAGCACGGUGUUCCGUUCAACUUUGUCGACUUCAGUUAGCAAAAAAGUUCUAUUGGGGUCCUUGAUCGUACGCUCGUGAGCCAAAAAGUCACCGGCAGGGACACCUUCCAGAAGUAGAGAAGCAUUAGCCGAAAUUGUUCGGUAGGUUCAUGUGACCCGAAGAGAGUACUUUGUCGCUGUCAGCCCAAGUCAGAGCUGCGUAAAACAAAAUGCUGUCUACAAUCAACAUAAGCAGCACCCUUUUAGGCUGAGACGGACCACCCAGGUUGAGAAUAAACUAUUCUUAGCAGAGACCUUACGGAGGUGACCGCUGAAGGUGAGAUAGGAGUCGAAGUGGAGUCACAGAUAACGCAGAUUCCUUUUGAUGGGAAUCGCCUGAUCCCAAGACGCUCUUUCCUUAUGAACAUGAUAGCCUCGAUCUUAUGAGCUAGCUAAAGUCCAAGGACGACCAUCCAGUCGUCGACCGAUCCCAGCGUGGUGUUUAUGGCUGCCUCAAGGGCUUCUAAUUUGUGAGCGGCCACUAGGACAGCUAAAUCAUCAGCAAACCCAAUUAGCUGAACUCCCUCAGGAGAGUCAAGCCUUAGGAGAUCGUCAUAGAGGAUGUUCAACAGAGUGAGUCCGAUGUCCAAGCCCUGGGGUACGCCUUGAAACUCAACUUCUUCAUAUAACCGCAAGCCCUUUUAUCCCAUUGUUCAAAAAAUUAUAAAAAUAUCGAUAUUAAUAUUAUUAUUUCUGGAAUAGAUGAUCUCAAGUGUUGCUCUGCAUUAGAAAAUGUAUCAAAUAGUAUUCUCCAAUUUUCUCAAACUAUAUCUCAAAAUAAAUGUAAAUAUAAUGUACGAUUAUAAUUAUACGAUCCAAAGAUUUACAAACGAUCCAUCCGUUUGUUAACAUUACACUCAGAAAUUUUUUUGUGUAGUCGUGCAACAAAUUGUUCUUCGGAAAGAUCAUUUUCAAUCUUAAAAACGUAUUCUAGAUGGGUAAUGAAUAAUGCUCGCCUAAAUGCUUUAGCUUUAUUAAAUAUUGAAAGUGAACAAAUUAUUUUGCUGAGCCACAAUCCAGGAAAAAAAUUGAAUUAUAAUAUAAAAAUAAAAUUAUUUUUAUAUUGUAUUAAAUUUUUAUUAUAUUAUAUCAGAACGUUUUUUUUUUUGUUGUUGUUGCCACAGGGCAAAACAUUUCUUAAUAUGGCCCUGGAGAAGAUUAUACCGUGACUGUAAAAAGGAAACGAUAAAAAUUUGUUUUUAAAUUAUUAUUAAUUAUUAUUUUAUGUUUAUAUAUAUUACUAUUAUUAAUGUAUGGAAUUGAAACACAAAAUUGUAUCAAGAUUUCAGGAUUUUUUUAUUCUCUCAUAUAUUUUGUUUGUGAGACCUAAAAAAUAUAAAAAUAUAUCACCUAUGUAUAAGGGACAUCUUAAUAUAGAUAGGUAGGUAUUAAAAACAAAAUGUUACUGAAAUAUUAAAUCCUUCGCUAAUGACAGACGGUUUGAUAUUUUCAGAUACAGAAUUAUCACGCUUUUGGAAGGAAUCCACUUUCAAAUGUUUGAUAAAACUUAAUCUUAAAUGUUUGUAACAUACAAUUAAAUAUGUUUUAUUUUAUAAAUACAAUAUAUAUUUUUAAAACGAUUGUUUGUAACAUUAGUAUUAUAUUUUUUGUUUCUAAGUUGCUUAGUAAAAAUAUUUUUUAUAAUGUUUAUAAUUUAUAAUUGUAUUAAGAAUCAAUAUUAUAAUGUACAUUAUGAAUGGAUUAUUGUAUAUAUGGAUUGUGUCUUGAUUGUAUAUUAUAAUAUGUAUUUUUAGAUGAAUAAUAUUUUCAACAAAGUAUAGGGAUCUUGUAAUGGUGGAAUAAGUUUCAAGUUAGCUACCAUUUUCUUACCUAAAUAUUAUUGACUAAAUAGCAAAGAUUAUUAAAUUACCCUAAAAACACAGUUGUCACUCAAUUAUAAAGCUAAAAAGUAUGAUUAUAAACUAUAGUGGAGAAAUUAAUUAAAUAAGUGUAUGCUAUUUUUAAUGAAAAUGGUUUGCGUGCCCUUUAGAUACAGCCUUUGGAUGGGAAUGUGUACAAUGAUUCAAUUUCUAAAAGUUAGUUUUUAUUAACUUUCCAUAAGCAUCGAAUAAUUAUAUAAAGAUGUUGUGCAACAAACCAGGGUCAAGACAGGUUAUCGAUAUUUACUCGUUUGACACUCUGUUUAUCAGUCUCCGUAUUUAAAAUCGAAAAUAUCUGUUGCAAGCGAUAAUCCUUUGCGUGGCAUAUAUAACAAAGUAGCACGGUCCAUCAUAACUAAACAGUAUUCGUUAUCGUGGUCAUUUAGUUAAAAAUUAAAAAUCGAGAGUACCUAGGUAAUCUGUGUUAAAACAUCGUAGCGUACAAGGAUGUAAUAUUCCCUUGGCCGUCCGUUUAGUAAAGCUGAUUACCAAAGGUUUUGAGGUACGUUUAAAUACUUACUGCCAUUUUCGUUCAAGGAAGAACCUUGCGUAUACGACAGGAAAUAAUAAACGGUAUUGGGAACUAAUUUACUAAGCCUCAAAUUGUACUACGAAAAAACAUAUGAUAUUAAAGAUUCCCACAUUAAAAACCAAAAUGGUUAUUCUUUAAAAAUAAAUAAAGAUGUACAUAAAAUAGUUAAUAUUUUAGAUUCUGAGUGAAGCGAAGUGAUUCAUUUUUCCGCUAAAAUCGACCUAAUCGUUUACCGCCAAUAUAAUAAUUCAUAUUUUCAGUUUCCGUUUUCAAAUUUGUUGUAAAUUUCAGUUUUUAUAUUUUGGUAAUCCAUAGUAUGAAAAAAUAUGACAAAAAAUACAAUUUAUUAUGAAAAUCAAAUUAAAACAGAUGUUAAAUAUAUUCAUAAUUCAAAAUACAAAUUAUUUUAUUUCACAUUGAUUAUAAUUUGUACCUUUUACAAUACUUAUUUAUUUUAGAUUCUAAGUGGAACGAAGAAGCGUAUGGUUUGACAAAGAAGUUUAUUUUUUUUCUUAUCUGUGCGCAACUUUUCUAUCAUCUUCCGAUUAGAUUACACGUGUCUAUUCCUUUUUCACCACCCGCGCACAAAAAACUCAGGCCCAAAUCUUGUGGUCUUGAGGUCUUUCUGACACUGAUCGAGAGCUACGAUUGAAAGUUCGGCUUUUUUCAGUAUACUAACUUCGUACAAACAUACAUACCUACUUUUUAUUUUAUUUUUCACUGCACAGCUGUAGCCUGUAGGUUAUGAUAUUAUUGUUAUAACACCUAUAAUAAUCUGCAUAGUAAAUAUUUUGUCACCUAUUAUAGGUACGAAUAGUUAACUUAUUUAUGUUAUAAAUGAUAUCCACAGUAUUAGAGCAGUGCCCUCUAGUGGUCAUUUAUUUAUCUAAGAAAUACGCUAUAUUUAGCGCUAUGUUGCGCUAGUUGUUACUAAAUUACCGUAUCUUUAGCGUUUCGUGUUUAGCUACGUAUUAUAUUAUAAUGAUUAUAAUAUUUUUAUCAUCGAAUGGAAUAAUAUUAGCGGAUCAAAAAAAACUAAUAAACGAAUAUAUAAAUAAAAAAAAUAAAUAAAAGAAUGAAUGCGUCGAUUGAAGUAUUAUGAUAAGUUUAUUAUACGACCGGUUUCAAAUUAAAAAUUCAUCAUUAGGCAUAUCACAAUAAAAAUGUAAAACGUGACUCGUAUAUUUAUUUACAAGUAUUAACCAUUUUAAUAAUUUUGUUUUUACUUUAUUUCCCGCCAAUUUUCGAGUUAAACAAUUUAUUAAUUUUUUAUUGUAUAUUUAGUGGUGCAGACAUCGUACUUGUGUGAAGUAUUCAUUUGUAGUUGUUCUGUACAUACUUUUUUAUAAAUUUAAUAUUAUUUAAUCAUUACAUUUUUUUUUUUUUUAUGGAAACAUUGAACACUAUUGAACGCGUUAGUGUAAUUUUUUAUACUUAAUGUAAGUUUUGAAAACUCGCUAUUUUAUUUUUUUAUGUUGACGGUUUAUUAAAACUAUACUAAAAUGAUAUAAAAUCAUCAAUAUUAGUCAACCGAUAUCGAUACUUUAGUGAUAGAUGUUAGGAUGAUCGCGACGGUUAUCGAGCCGUGCGUAUGUAAAGCCAAUAAAAACAAUUUGAUUGAUUUUAACCGAUCUCAGCGAACGUUCGCCUAAAAUUAAACAGGAGCGAUUUCUUGCGAUUGUUCGCGACUUGUUUCCGGGCGAUUAUUUACGUGUGAAUACGCUGAAUUAAAUAUAGCUGUUUAAUUUUGAGCGAAUUUUCGUGGUGAUUCUAAAUCGCGUUCGCUGCGCGAACACUCGCUUCGUGUGAAACAGGCUUAAAAACAAAAAUUAUAAUGAGUAAAAAUAAUUUGUUGACGUCUGUAUUCUUAUCAACGAGCAACGAUAACGAAAUAGUGACGCUACCAACCACGACGAGUCUAGGCGAAAAACGCGCCGUGGGAAGCUGGCUUUAGUUUGCGCGGAGUGCCGAAUGAUGUAGGCAUGUAUUCGUGAAAUAUUUUUUAAUGUCGUAUAUUAUUUUAUUCAUGAAGAAUCGCGUUAUCACAACCACGUUGUUUUAACGUAAAAAUUACGCGACUCUCAAUACCCAAUUGUUACUGACUGCAUUAGUACGGACGCGCGUAGCAGUAUUACACGAACCGGCAAAAAUCUGGAACAAUUCAAAUUCUCUACAUUUAACCGGUAAAAUCUGUAGCGGGAAAAUCGCUCAUCAAACAUUUAAUAAGUAAGCCAAAUCACUGUUUUUUACCCUUUUGGAAUAUUUCGUGUUGUCGUUGGUUAUUUAUUUGUAAUUACCCCUCUGUAUUUUUGUACGAAUGUCCUCCGAAUAGAACACAGUAUACACACCUAAGAAUUACAGGAACUAAUUACCCAACUAUUAUUGACUAAACAAUGCCAAAGUUUAAAAAAAUAUAUAUAUAUAUGCAUAGGUGUUUCUGUUUACGAAAAUAAUUAUUCUAUUUUGGAAUUUUGGAAUAUAAUCGGAGACUGGCGUUGUUUUAAACAUGUUUUUAUACUAGCUUCUAAAAAACCAUGUACCGAAUGUAUUUAAAGUAAUUAUUUAUGCUUAAAUUUUAACUCGUAUUUAUGUAUUUUCAUUUAAUUAGCACUCAGUGUUUAAAAGAAAUACGUUCAAAUUAAAUGGUUUCUAAACGCGUUCGUGAACGACUUUUUUCCCGUUCAUUUAACAUUCAAUAUAAUAUACUAAAGAAAAAAUAAAAAACACAAAAAUAUUUAUAACAAUAUUUUCAGCCAUUCAUAUAAGAUCAUAUUGUCUGAAAAUAUUCGUAUGCGUAUUUUGACUAAAUCUUUAUGCAGUCCUAAUAAAAUAUUAUUUAUUAACUAUUUGUACCUAUAUUGUAUAGUUAAGUAUUUAAUCAUAUUGUUUGUUAUUUUUCAAUUAAAUUUUACCAAUAAAAUAUAAAUUGAUAACCAUAAAAAAAAUAUUAAAAUCUUAUGUAGUUAUUCAAUUAGUAAUAAACAAGGUUAAAACCAAAUUCAAGGUUUAUUGGUAUGUUGUUCAACAUAAGGUUUGUGUGAACUGCACACGAUUUGUCGACGUUUAUUAAUUUCAUAGAUUUUAAGCUGCAAUUGUGAAUACACAACAAUACAUCGAGUUUUCUUAUGUAUUGUUAAAUAAUAAUUUUAUUUCCUACAUUUUUUUAUUUUUUGUUUUGUGUAUCUUAACCGAAAUAUGGCAAUGAACUAAAUAACCGUUUAUAGUCACUAGACAUCGGGAUUAUAAUAUGCAUUAGCAUGUUUAUACUGAGUGUAUGCACGUUCAUAAGCAUAACAUUAUGAAUACAAACACAUUUAUACGUUAUAUUUUAGAUGCAGUUAAAAAAUAUUCUGAUGAAUGUUUAUUAUUAUUGAAUAGUAUAAUAGUAACUGUGCAAACUAAAUAUUAAAGAAGAACUUAUACUACUGAUGAGUAUGUCUCUGUUUUAGGUGGGAAGUUGGGAAGGUAGGAUUAGUAAUUUAAUUUAUACCUGAACGAAACGAUUAAUCAUUGCUGACGAAAUACGAUUUUGAGCGAAGUUUGAUUAAAUAUUAUUUGAAAUACCAUAAUUUUUAAAUUUAAUAUAAAAAUUACUACAUGCAUGCAACUUUUUUUUUCACCACUAAGUACACAACUAAUAUUGAACCUCCUAUUAAAUUAUCAAUUAAUAUUUAAUCCACAUGUUUUAUGAAUAUUUUCCACAUAUGAAAACUAAAAAAAAAUUAAAAAUGUGAAAUUUACUAUAAAUAACUAAAAAAUCGUUAGAAUCGUUUGAAAUUUAAUCACGUGUAGGAAAUCUAUGAAUAUAUCAGGUCUACACAAUUUUUGUUGACUGAAUUGUAAUAAAAAAACAAAAUACAAAUAUGAAACAGUAAUUUCCGUGAACUUUUCGUAUUUCCUACUAUAAUUAUUUAUUUAUUUAUUACUUAUUUAUUAUUUCUAUUAUUAUUAUUAUGAUAAAUAUACAUGAAAAAUAAAACAAUGACUCACAAACUAGACAAAAUAUUCUUUCAGAAAAUAUGUUAUUCUUGAAAUUCUGAAAAAAUCGUAAACAUUUAAAAUAAUAUAAUCGUUAUGCCGUAAAUAGUUGUCCGGUUUCCCUAUACGUUUUUUCCCAAUUAAAACGGAAAUCGUUUGAAAAAAAAAAAAAAUUUUUCUGAAAUGCAAUGAAAAAGGUCAUUUGCCAUUUUUCGAUUUGAACAAGAUUUUCAAUAUAAAAGUUAUUCACAGGCAAAAAAAAAAUUAGUUGCAUAGAUACAUUAUCAUAAUACUGCACGUACCAAUAAUAAAAGGCGAGUUUACUCAAGUUAAUAUACUAUGUUAGUUGUGUUGUAUGUUAAAAAUAAUCAUAAAACCUUAACAUAUUUUAAUGCUAAAAAACAUACAAUGCGUUAUCAAAUUAAUUAGUUUUGUUCGGGUAGGUAAAUCUAUCGCGUACACGGGGUGGAGGAAAUCCCUUCGCACGAAAUUUAGUGAUUUUAUACGAUUUUUAUGUAAUAGCAUUGAUUAUGUUCACGUAGUAGUAUAUUUUGUAUUGAAAUUGAAAAUAUUUCCAUAUAACACGUACUUUAUUAUUUAGUAAUACGUAAUAAAUUUACCAUCCCAAAACAUGUCUACAAAAUUAGUCUGAAAUUUAUUAUCCAUCCUCCUCACCAAAAAGUUAAUCCUGAUUGUGUCACUCAUAUAGAGGGUGAUCAGAAUUUUUCUAUUUUGCGUAUUUAUAGCAGAAAAUGCUGUAACAUAAAAUUCUUAUCACCCUAUAUACCUACUUUUUGUCGUUAUUAUUUGUUUUUUCUAGCAUGGUCGCUGUAAUCCCAGUGAUAUAUUUUCUAACUUUUGUGACGACAACGGUGACAUCCGGUGAGACCCACGAGUUCCGACAACCGCAGUGGAUCACGAAAAUACUUUACGGAACCCUGGAAAGUUAUGUUCCCGUAGGCGGACCGAAGUGCACGCGUGAUGGACAAGCGUACAAGGAAGGAUUAAAAGAGCUCAAGUUAUGGGCGACUCAAAGUGAAUCUAGAUAUAUUAUUUUAUAAGAUCGGCACUAAAGAGAACAGCUUACGUGCAGGCAUACAAGGAAGGAGAUAGGGUCAAGUGAAAGUUUAGGGCAGAAGUGACCGUUCCCAAAUAGCCAUGAUAAAGGCCACGGAGGAAUCAAAACUGACAAGGGAAAUAAACUCGUUUGGUAGUAAUAUAGAAUACAGGGUAAAAAUUUAAGCACGCGAAAAAUGUCAUAUUUCCCAAAUUUUUAAAAUUAUUUAAAAAUAAUUGACUCAAUCAUAGUAUAAGUUUUUGGUAUCCAUAUUUUGCUAAACAUCGAAUUUACAAAAAUCGAAAUUUUAAAUACAAUUUUACUUUUUUUAUUUCGAAUUCUGAAAUAUUCAAAUUUAGCAAAAAAAUAUUUCAAUUAUAGCGUCAAGAUGUCAGAAUAGUUGUAAAAAAAAAAAACUUAAUUUUACUCAAUAGAAAAAAAGUUAUAGUAAAAAAAAAAGUAAUAACUUUUGCUAAAUAGUUCUGUUACGCCAAAUAAAAAUAUUAUACCUAUUAAAUAUAGAUCGACUGCAGUUUUCGUUACGUUUUCCCAUUGCAGUAUCCUCGACUUCUCAAAUUUGAGUUUAUUUUUUAUUUAUGAACCCUACGUAAUAAUCAGUAUUGUUUAAUUCAAUAAAUAGCAAUAUUUCUUAAAAACUAGAAGUAGGCACCUUUUUCUUUUUUUUUAUGAGCCAUCGAUAGCAGUGAUGAAUUUGUUUUCACAAUACUACACCCUCUUAUUCUAUCGUUUAUUAUUUUAUCUUUUUAUCUACAACUAAUUAGUAAAUCCUGUUUUAUCUACGAGGCAAAAUUACUAAGUUAGUAGGGCGUGGACUGUAGAAGUAGGUUAGCAUACUUAGUUAUGAGCGAAGAAGUUAUACGUUUUUUUUUUUAUGUAAAAUACUUUUCAUAAGAGUAAAAAUGGUCCAAAUUAUUCACAUGGUAAAUAUUAUUCUUAAGUAUUAUUUGUGAAAUUGUCUUAAUAAACAGAUGUUUUCCAUAGAAAUUUUGGCCUAAAACGUCCAGUAUAAUAUUUCCUUAAACAUACAAAAAUAGAAAUAGUCUAACCAAUGACAGUUAAAUUAAUCAUAAAUUAGGAAGUUCCGAAUUUUGUAGUCACUGCAAAUACAUUUUUUUUUUUUGUUACUAAAAUAAUCGUAUCAGUAAUUUUGAUCGAUUAACAAAGUAAAAUGAUGUAUUUCUUUUUCAAAUUUAAAACAAUUGUAAUAUUUAUUAUCAUUAAAUUAAUGUAUUAUAUUUUGUUUAUACUGUUUAUAGUGUACGAUGCAUCAGCCAAAUUUCCAACUGGCAUACUAUCCGGGAAAUCAAUUGAUUUCGGAGAUUACGACGAAUGUCUGGAAACCGAUAUGACUGGCUUAGACUUUAAAUCUCAAUACUGUAUUGUAAAAAUAAAUUUUUCACCGUCUGAUAAACUGUACCCAAACUAUUAUAAAAUCGCGUCACCCAAUUUAACUUCAUCAGUUCCUGUAUGGGAAGCGAUCAAGGUAUCUAUGUAUAUUGUUGUGUACCUACACCGUAAUUUCACCCUAAUAACAAUAUAUUCUACAGGUAAUAGAAAUAUUAUACACUAAACAGUGGCAUUUAUGUUUAAAUUAGAGUUUUAAGCAACGUAACGUCUUCGAAAAUAUUAUAAUCUUUAAAUUUGUUUUUUUUUUGUAUGUGAGUGUUUGAACUUUAAUUUAAACUUCUUCUUCCAUUUCGCCUUCAUCCCAACUAUUUGGGUCGGUCACCCUCCUUCACUUGAUCCUAAUCUCCCUCACAUACAUCCGCCGUCUUUAUUUCAUUCUCAAUCACAUUCAAUCACCUCUUUUUCAGUCAUCCUCUCCCUAUCUUUCCUUAAACAUAUUUUUUAUUACAAUGUAUACUGCUUCUGAUUACAUUUACCUUAUAACAUAUUUAAACCAUCUCAGUCUAUUUUCUCUCAUUUUGUCUAUUAUUGAAGCCGCAACUAAACGCCUAAGCAACUUCUUACUCAUUCCUUAUCCUAUGUUCUCUCAUCCGCCUAAACAUUCUCAUAUCUGCUAAUGCUUAAACUCUAAUUUCAACAAAAACGUUAAAAUUCCAUAAUUUAUGUUCAACGUAACGGUAUUUUACUAUGUAAGUAGUUAGGCUGAGAUAGUAAAUUUGAAUGCCUCUUAAUGCGAUUGCUAUCCGUUUUUGUUAGUGUAUCGACACUGUGGACAUUCGAUGAAAUGCAUUCUGAGUUUAAUUAUAAGUUAAACCAUAUAUUAAUCUUUAUGCAGCUGGAUCCUAAUCCGGCAAAGGUCCAACGGAAUGAGGUUAGUACAGCGGUAUGUAUUCCAUCUUCGUGCACCGAUUCCGAUUUGCAAUCCACAUUAGCUCCGAAAAUUGAGUCCGCAUUUAUAGAACACAACUUAAACGCCACUGUCAGGAUGGAUUCGUUUUACUGCACUACACAACAUGAAAAACCACCUAUAACUUUAGGAUUUAUAAUUUUUUGGUAAAUAUUCACAGUUUUAACUUACAGUUAAUACACACUUUUGUUCUGCGUUUAAUUAUUUUCCUAGGUGUUUUCUAUUUGUCAUGUGUAUGUUAGUAACCAUAGGAACAUUGUAUGAUGUUUAUUCAAAGAGAGAUGACGAAUUUAAAAAAAGUAAGUUUAAAUAUUAUAUAGAUUUAUAUUAUAUUAAAUAGGUACAGACAGCACAGUAACAAAUAAUAAUUUUAAAAUCAUGAAUUAUAUAUUUAAAAUAACUCCGCAAAUACGUGAGAAUCAGAUUUAGAUUUAAUUAUGGCCAUUUUCAGUAAAAAAGUAAUCGUCAGAAAAUAAUAAUACUAAGUAAUAGUUUAGUAUAAAAUAAACGUAUGGUUUUUAUAGAUUUUGAGUGUAACGAUAAAGCUAUUAAUUUUACUAACAUUUUUUUCCUUAGAAAAAAACCACAAAUUUAGAGAAAAUUUUCCGAUUUUUUCAUACCGUACCUUAUUAUAAGACGUGAAUUUUUUGCCUGAUGGAAAUUUAUUUAAAUAUAAUCUCUAGAUUUCCAAUAGUUUUUCUUUAAAAUUUAAAAAGAACUAACAACAAAUGUCGAUACAUAGAUUUUAUUUAUGAUUUCUGGAUUACCUUUCGAGUUACAAUAAGAUGAAAACCAAUCAGACUAGUUUUUCGAUUAUAAUGAUUUAUUACUGCUUUCAGUAUAUAAAUUAACUUACCCUAUAGCCUAUCAACCUAUAAUCUUUCAAACUUCUUACGACAUCACCUACUACAGUGUUCUACUAUGGUACGAAUUACAUAAGGUUUUUUCUUGAAUAUUUAUUAUAACGAGUAGAUACGUACCUAAGUAUAAUUAAACGAUUGAUUUUUCUCAUGUAAUACGUUAUAUUGUUAGCGAAUGCUAAGAGAGAAAGUUCAGCUGCAUACUUAAGAGUGGCAUGCGAUAUCAGAUAAAGCGAUAUUCGAUUUACGAUGGCUGAAAAACCUGGGGGGGGGCAUUAAUAUUAUAUUGGACAUAGGAUUAUGAUUAUCACAAUGUUUCCACUUUAAUUAUAUAAACCAGCCAUAUUUUAUAUAUUGAAUUUGUAUUUACUUUAAGGACAUAUAAAAAUAAAGAAAUACCUACAUAUAUAUUUGUUUUAGAAUCAAUCUUAGUAGCAUUUUCGAUUCCAUCGAACAUGAAAAAGUUGAUGUCCAAUAAUGAGAAAACUGCCGAAUUCUGUGGUAUUAAUAUCUUAAAAAUAUUUUCUUGUUUAAUCGUUUUAUUCGGACACCGAAUUAUGUACAUUGGUGCCCAUCCACUUUAUAAUAUAAAUAAAUUGGAAGAGGUAAGUACAAUAUCCCAUACUUUAUGUACUUAACUACUAUGUAGUUUUGAAUCAUUGAUUAUAAUUGUUGUAUUGUUAUUAACUUAUAACAUUUAUUAUGUUUUUAUUCUACAGAGUUAUUCAAUCAUGGUAUACGGAAUAAUACACAACGGACCUUUGGUGGUAGACAUUUUUUUUGUUCUCAGUGGUUUCUUAACAUUUCACAGUAUGCACAGUCAUUUAGUCAAGACUAAACGAUUUAAUAUGCCGUUAAUAUUAUUUUUGAGAUGGUGCAGGUAACAUUUAUAUUCUUUAUAAUAUAAUAAAAUUAUCAACUUUGUUACCAAUAUUAUGUUUUGUACCUUGUAGACAGGUAGGUAUUGACAUUACGUUUACGAAUCAUUUGGUAAUUAUUUGUUUUUCCGUUGAAUUAUAAUGUGGUGUUAAGUAUAUAAGAAAAUGUUAAAAUAAAAACUCGAAAAUAUCGAAUGUCUUUAAAUAAGUUGCUUACGAGUCACCGGAAUGAUUUAAAAAUUCAAUCUUCUCUAUAAAAAGUUAUUUUAGAUUCGAACAUUUCAGGCUUACUAUUACGUUUAACCUAAUUACAGAGAAAAAAAAGAGCUGAUACUGGGGAUAGGAACGGCCACUGUUAUAGGUGAAAAGUUGGGAAGGUAGGAUACAUAACGUUAUUUCAUUUAUAUUUGUAAGCAACGAUAAACCAUUGCUUGACGAAAGACGAUUCCGAGCGCAGUUCAGUAAUACAUAAUUUGAAGUGCUGUAAUUCAUAUUGUGAUUUUCGUUUAAAUAUGAUUUUAAUACGCUCAUUAAAAAAAAAGUCGCCCGAUGAUUUUGGAAACUUUAACCAUGUAUAAGUAAGUCCAAUAUAAAUAUUAUUAUCAAGUUUCAAGUCUCUAGGUGAAAUUAUAACCGAAUUACAGCAAAAACAUUCAUUGUUAGUUUUGAUCACUCUGUAUACCUUGUUACACUAUACGCACACUUUCGAUAGUCCCGUAUAAUUUAUAAUAAAACCAUUUUCAAUCAUUCGUUCAAAUACCUACUUGUUGAAAAUUAUUAUUGACAUUUUUCCAGGCUGAUGCCUAUAUACGGUGUGCUGAUAGCGUUCCACGCGUUUGUGUUUUUGCACCUCUCGGAUGGCCCUCUGUGGAAAAACAUGGCCGUCAAAGAAUCGGAAAACUGUAUAAAUUAUUGGUGGACUAACGUAUUGUUUAUCAACAAUUACGUUCAUGUGGAACGACCAGUGAGUGUAAAAAAUCUAAAUAUUUAUAAAUAUUUUGUAACUGAAAUAGAUAUAACAAAAAUUAAAAUUACCCCACGUGAUUGUAGUGCAUGAUUCAAUCUUGGUAUUUGGCGUGUGACUUGCAUUUGUGCGCUGUAGGCAUACUAAUUGUGUACUUGAUUUGGAAAUACCCGAAAUUUGGAAUACAUAUCCUGCUGGCUGCCAUCACCGUAUCCUGUUUCAUUUCAUCAUACGUCGUGUAUUAUCAUAAAUUGCAACCUACGUUUCUUGGUUUCAUAUCGUAAGUGUGGUAUAAUGUAAUAUAAUAUUAGGUAUAUUAAAAAAAAAAAAAAAAAAAAAAUACGUAUUUUAUAUGGACAAACUAUAGUUAAGUAUUUGAAUAAAUAAUUGAGUAAUUAUAAUGUAUACAAUUUUCAAAGGAGGGAAAUUACAGAUCCCUACGAUUAUUUUUAAUUGAAUUACAACAAAAAAUUCAAAAUUUAACAGUACCUAACAAAAAACCGUAUUAUUGUGUGUAUUUUUCUCGGAUUUUCACAAUUAUUAAGAAAACUACAAGGGAAAACAAAAAAAAACCUUUCCGUCAUAUCAACUAGACAACACGUUCACCUGAAGUUGAUGAUCGAAGCAUGAUUUCUGGCAGAAAAAUUGUAGCUUCUAGUAAAACCAAUACGUCAUAUUCCUCAAUUAACUUAGAAUCUAAAAACGCACAGAUUUAUACCGACGACCAAUACAUUCGUCGCUCGACUCGUAUUCUAAAAAUGUUUAUAAUAUCUCGUGUUUUUUAACAUUAUUUUCAUUGGCAGGGCUCUGAAGUCACCGUCUAAUGAUAAGACAUACACGUUGUUGUACGUGCCCACACACACUAGAGCGACGCCAUAUUUCGUGGGUAUGUUUGCAGCGUAUGUUUAUCAAAAAAUCAAAGUCGACCGUCCCGACUAUCGGUUUUCGCAUCCGACGACGUACCUGUUCGGCCUGACUGCCGGCGCUAUGUUGUGGAUGAUGUCGAUAUUUUAUUUUCUCGUAAACGAAUACAACCUGUGGUCCAGCAUUGUCUACGCGUUCGUGUUUCGGUUGGUUUUCGCCUUCUUCGUUUCGGCGGCCAUUAUUAUUAGCUCCGUAAACGUGCAUUUUAUAGGUAAUUAUAGUCGUAGGUUGUGUUUUAAUGAUAAAAAAAAAAACCUGUUAUGAAGUUUUUGGACGAUAAAACUUUGAAGAAAAAUUCGUUGGCGUUCUACAAUCCUCUAAAUUUAAUUCAUACUUCGAAAGUACAAAAGAAAGUAUAUUUUAAUAAUGAUAAAUAGAUCAAAUCGCUGGUGGCAGUGUGGGCAAACGCGAAAAGUGUUUUAUUUCUAUAUCUGAUUUUAACCCUUGGUAACGCGCGUGUGGUGAAACUAUACCUACCCCAACAGCUAUUUAAGUGUCGAUAUCAUUGAAUCAAAAGGUUCAAAUAUUUUACUAGCUUCUUAAAAAUAGGUUAUCAAUAGACCCGAUAAUCGAGUCUAUUUAUAGUCAGUACUUUCGUUACGGUUGUUCGAUAUCGACAAACUCUGGGUUCGGGACAUUUUUAGCCCAUGCCGUUAAUAUAGUUCCAUUUUUUUUUCAGUUUUAUAUUGUGUUUGUUUAUUAACUUAUUUUCGUGAUUCUCUUUCAAUAUUUUGAUUCAACUUUGAGACCUUGAGAGACCAAAAUCAUUAAAUUAUUUAGAAGAAGCUGAUGAUAAAUAACUUUGGGAUGGGGAGGUUAUUCAAGUUCUGGCGAUAGUAAUGAUAACAAUAUUGAUACCGUUUCAAUAGGUAAUACUGAAAAAGAACGAUCUGAGGAUAGCUGCUCUUAUCAGUUUUUAAAAUUUCAGAGUAUAAUUUGUAUUUUAUUUAAAUGAUUUUUUAAAUUUAUUUUAAUUUUCAUUAUUUUUAAACAAAUGUUUAAGCAUAUAAAUAUAAAAAAAGCUGUAUAUUAUAAUUUAAAACAAUAAUUAAUUAGGUUUAUAUUUAUUAAGUUUAAACAGAAUUUAUUUUUUAUAUUAUUAUACUUUGUUUAUAUUCUAAAGUCAUUUGAUGUCUAAAAAUAAUUAUUUUCAAAUUUUAGAAGAAUAUUGAAUUAUUGUUUUGAAUCGGUAUUAUUUACAGCAAAAUACUAGUCGGAUACCACGCUCGUUAACAAGAGUUAAAGGCUUUUUCAUUUGUUUAUCUGAACACGUCAUUUCUGAUACACUGUCCGUUUGAAAAACUGAGACCCAAAUACUACUGUAAUGUCAUGUUUAUCAGUUUAUGCCAUACCGUUUAGUGCACUAUAAAAUCAUAUAGUUUUAGGUCAUCUGCAAAUUCAGGGUCCUAAUUUGUUACACAUUUAUAACGUUCAAUCGUUAUUGUUAUUCAAUCGUAGACAAAAAGCUACAUCAUUUAUUUCUUAUUCUAAAUUAGGAGUUUGGACACAUGCACUUGCUCCUCUGAGUAGACUUACGUACAGUGCAUACCUAGCAGGACUGACAAUUCAAUUAUAUCAUGUGUCGACUGCGCGUACUCCAACAUAUUUCAACGAGUUACAGAUCGUAAGUGUUAUGAUUUUGCAAAUCGUGUAACUCAUAAAUUAAUUUAUUAUUAUAACUAUUAUAUUAUUAUACGUAGUUUGUAAUACUAGCAAAUAGCUUGUUAUAAUUGCUUAUAUAAUUUUAUUAUACGUUACAAUAAUUCCAAUCAUUGAUACAAAAAGACGAUUCCUUACAAAUAAAAAAUUGAAUAUAAAGAUUAUGGAAAACAUUACCAAAUGCUAUGUGUGAAGUGUACUGUUAUAUGAUUGUUAAACAUGCGCCAUUACUGAAUAGGAUAAAAAAAAAUUUUAAAAAAGCGAUGGAAAUGUGGAUUUGGAGAAGAAUGAUGAAGGUCAGCUAGACAAAAAUUAGAACUAUUUAACCAAGUAGGAGGAAAUAGGUUCUACUUAGUACUAUAAAGGAAAGACACGCGUAAUGUUCCGUCACAUUUUGAGGCACAAUUCUGUAAAAGGACGGUCAUAAAGGAAGAUGACCCAGAAAAGCAUGAAUUGAUAAAAUUAUGAGAUAGGCUGAUUGCAUCCGAAAUGUCUAUAUAACUCUAUAUGGAUAUUUACAUUCCUUGGCGAACCUAAUUUUAAAAUUUGACAUUUUUCUUAGCCCAAUCGUCAGUAUCUGGUCAUUAAUAUUGGAUAGUAGAACAGAUUUAACUGAGUAUCUGAGAUAUUUAUUUUAACUAAAUACCAAACUUAUCAUAAUCUAAUCAUAAUCAUGUUUGUUAUAUUUUUAUAUAAUUAUGUUGGCGGUUAUUCAAUUUUAUUAGUGGGGAAAAAAACAACCAACUGGCUGGGAGAAAAUUCUACUCUAAUGAGUUCUAGCAUAGCUCCUACUCAUUGGUUUUCAUUUUUUCUAUGAUUCACGGGAAAAAUGUUUAGCCACCACUGGUUCAAACAUUGAAUAACUAUUAAAGUAGUUUCUUUUGAUAAAGAAACAAAUCUUUGCAAAACAAUUAACAAAUAUGGUAGCUUCGCUCUACUAAGAUUCAAAAAAUAAUUUAUUCCGGUUGUCCCUAAUAGAUUUAAAACGUUAUAUCAACAAUUUAUACAUAGUUAUACCUAGCAUACGUUUAGUACUCUCCAUACGAUUUAAGACAUAUUCUUAUGUCAUUUGAUACCAAGCCAUCAAGGUGAAAAAUAGAACGGUUCACCUUAAGAAGAUACUAUCCAUACAUUUGUUGUCUUCGUCUUACAACCCCGUGACAAUAAAUUCGUUGAACAACAUUGUGCUGAUAGUUUUAAUAUUAGAGUAAAUUGACCUGUUAUAAAAUUAACGGUAAGACACUGUCUGUGCUUACACGUUGGGUCUUUUUUUCCGAUAUUUUAAUUUCUAAACGAAAUAUAAACAUUAUUAAGUUGUGAUAUUUCAAAAGCAAUCCUCUCAAGCAUUAUUGUAUUUGUCAGUGUUCGUCUGGCUUAAGCCGGUAGAAUCUAUUAGGUAAUUACUUUUUUUUUUUAAAAAAAAUGAUUAAAAAAUCAAAAAAUAAAUUGUUUAAAAAACCAUCUAGACAAAUUGAGCUUUCAGAAAAGUUGCUAAAGUGAAAAUCGGAGCAAGUUUACUAGUUUAACAAAUAUCUACUAACGAUGAUUUCUGUUCUACUAUAGAAAACUAACGGGUAUACAAUAAUUGGACUAAGAAAAGUGUCGAAAUUUAAAAUUGGGGUAGGGAGAUUUACGUGAUAUGGAUAGAUUGAUUAUGAAAAGAGAAAAGCGGAGAUCCAGAUUUGUAGCGAUAAGGCACGACAUUUAAAGUGAAUUAGUAGAGAAAUCUCAAUUAGAUAGUACUAAAUAUUAUGAUACAAUGUUCCAUUGCACUAUUCAAUGCUUCUAUACAUAUGAUGAUUUAAUCAUUUUUCCUUCUUCAAUUGACAUAUAAUAGCCAUGGAUUACGUAUGGCGAUUGGUGGAAUGGAUUUCUCUUUGCGUUGUUUUUAUACUUAUUGAUCGAGUGUCCAUUUGAAAAUCUUCUGCGGCAAUUGGUCAGCGCAAUCAAUGGUACAGGUAAACAUUCAAAACAUAUAAAGUAUAUAAAGAAUAAUUUUAUAAAAUUCAUGAAAUCACUGCGGUAGUAUGAAUAUGUACAUGAGAUUUUUCGAGAUGAAUGUGUUAGUUAGAUAAUCAGCCAAUUACAACAUAGGUAAUAGCCACAGUCUUACAUUUAAUUCAGAUAGAAAUAUUUUAUAAUAAAAUAAUAAAGUAAAAACAAAAUUAUUAAAUAGUUAAUACUCGUAAAAUAAAUAUAUAAAUAAAUAUUUUUUUUGAAAAAAAAACAGAAGAUAUUUAAUUUCCAUCGACUAAUAAUUAAGCUAUUACCUAUAAUCGUACUUCGUAUAUCGAUUUAAAUUUUAAUAUCGUUUUCAUAUGAUAUCUAACAAUUUAUUUUAUAGGAAAACAAAGAACAGAAGAACGAAUACUCAGGUAUGUGUCAUCGGUACCAAAAAUUACGAGGAUAAAAUAUAAUAUUUAACGUUAUAAUCAAUACAUUAUAUUCGCUGAGCCACGAAAAAACCAC